CCCCACGGGGCUCCUUACUCCAGCCAGACUGGAUUUCCCAGUGGCUUCUCCCAGGCUCCGAGCCUCCCUCCUCUCCUGGCCACAACGUCACUUGUACACACGGGGAGCAGAGGAGGAGGCACCCGGCGUGCCCGCCUGUCCGCCAGCCCGCUGCAGCUAAAAGCUGCUUCCCUUGACCUCCUCUCCUCGGGGAUCGAGCUUGGGCUCCUGGGGGGAGUCACCAGGGCAGAGAGGACCCAGGAGGGAGCGCCCGGGCAGCCCAGCUCCAGAGCCCGAUCGCGGGCCCCUUGGAUCUGGUGUGUGCCUGCAAAGCAGGACCAGGAACUUUGGCCUUGGACUUGGGGCUCGGAGCGAGUGAAACUGACGACCCUGGCCAGGCCGCCCCUCCCUCGCGCCUCGGGCUCCUCCAGGCUUUCGGAACUGGACACAUCCUGGGGAAGAGUCGGCGCUGACUUCACGGCUUUCUCCGGCCGAGCCUGUGGCGGAGGCUCCGGAAAUAAGGCGAGCAGAGGUUCUUAGUGACUGUUUCUAGAUCAGCGAUCGGCCACUGGGGAAAGCACCGGUGAGAGGCGGCUGCCCCACCCUGGGGAGAUGUCAGAAGGAAAAAGGAUCCGUGCACCAAGAAGGAGGUGAGGGGCUUCUCCUGCGCCCACGGAGCGUGGCCUUCUCCAUGAAGUGUUCUUCAGACUUCCCGCCCAGCCUGCCCAACGAGUUUGUGCUGCUCGUCCGCAGGAUGGAGGAGAUGUGGAGGGACUGCCUCUUCCAUCCCAGGAGCGGGGUCUGCUGACCUGUCGAGAGGAAGCAGAGGCCCCUCUGCCCGCGAGGACAAUGAAGGAAGUCGUCUGCUGGUCACCCCAGACGGUGACGGAUUGGUUGCUGGAGAAUGCCAUGCCCGAAUACUGUGAGCCCCUGGGCCAUUACACGGGCCAAGACUUGAUCAGCCUUACCCAGGAGGACUUCACCAAGCCGCCGCUCUCCCGCGUCUCCUCUGACAACGGGCAGCGGCUACUGGACAUGAUCGAAACCCUGAAAAUGGAGCACCAGCUGGAGGCACACAAGAACGGGCACGCCAACGGGCACCUGAGCAUCAGCGCCGACGGUGGCUUCAGCAGCAAGGCCAAACACAAUGGUGUGCCCAAUGGCUACCAGGGAGGGUUGGAAAUGAUCCAAAUUCCCAUGCCCGAGCCCGAGCGCUCCCAGUACCCCAGGGAGUGGGGCAAGACUCUGCUGGCUUUUCUGUAUGCCCUCUGCUGCUUUGUGCUCACCACAGUGACGAUCUCCUUCGUCCACGAGCGAGUGCCUCCCAAGGAGACGCAAGCACCCCUGCCAGACACGUUUUUUGACCAUUUUAACCGGGUGCAGUGGGCCUUUUCUAUUUGUGAAAUCAACGGUUUGAUCCUUGUAGGCCUCUGGUUCAUUCAGUGGCUGCUCUUAAAAUACAAGUCCAUCAUUAGCCGAAGAUUUUUCUUCUUAGUUGGCACGCUGUACCUGUACCGGUGUAUCACCAUGUAUGUAACCACCCUCCCAGUACCCAGCAUGCAUUUCAACUGUUCUCCAAAGCUUUUUGGAGACUGGGAAGCUCAUCUACGGAGGAUCAUGAAGAUGAUAGCUGGGGGUGGCCUGUCUAUCACAGGCUCCCACAACAUGUGUGGAGACUAUCUCUACAGUGGGCAUACAGUCAUGUUAACCCUGACUUACUUAUUUAUCAAAGAGUAUUCCCCUCGGCGACUCUGGUGGUACCAUUGGCUCUGCUGGAUUCUCAGCUUCUCUGGGGUCUUCUGUAUCCUCUUGGCACAUGAACACUACACUGUGGACGUCGUGGUGGCUUACUACAUCACCACCAGACUUUUCUGGUGGUAUCACACAAUGGCUAAUCAGCAAGUGCUAAAAGAAGCUUCCCAAAUGAACCUCCUGGCGAGAGUUUGGUGGUAUAAGCCCUUCCAGUACUUUGAAAAGAAUGUCCAAGGAAUUGUACCUCGCUCUUAUCACUGGCCUUUCCCCUGGCCUGUGGUCCACCUCAGUAGACAAGUGAAAUACAGUCGAUUGGUAAAUGACACAUAACAGCUGUUCAAAGUUGGGAAAGAGGAGCUAUCCAAAGUACUGAGGACUCCGUGAGGAAAUCGCCAUAAAAUCAACGCCUCCCUAAUCCUUUGAUCUUUCAACAGUUACCUUGACUUAACCUAGUCAGUUACCUGGUCAGCACUGUGAUCUUUUUUUUUUCUCUCCAAAGGACCUGCGUUGGACAACAAUAAAGAGAAUUUAACUUAUCAUGCACUGUAUGCAUUUCUUGUCGAUAGGUUGGGGAUUUACAUAACCCAUGGCCAUGCUCCUUUGUAUAUGAUGCGGCAGCAUAAACAUAAGCUUUUAUAUCCUCAGUUCUGGUCUUUCCAGCCCCGCCUGGAAAUAAAGCGUAUUAUUUUCUUGGGAAAACAUACUUUUCAUAUCUCUUUGCCCCAAAGAUUGGGCUGUAAGCCAUUUUCUAGCAAACGUCUAUAUGAAGGUUUCUAAGCACCUGAACGGAAUUCCAUUCAGAGCUCUUUCUACCUGUUGCGCUGAUAGUCAAGUGAAAAAAAAAGGUAGAUGCGAAAAGGUUUGGUAACUUUUGAUUUUGUAAAAAUCAGCAGUGAUGGUGUCAAAAAAAGUGCAAAAAAAAAACCACCACAGAUUCUGUUGUAAAGUGAUUUUCUAAGUAUUUCCUAACUUUAUUUUUCAAGAUGUCUAUGAAAUCUAAAUUUAAAGAUUUUUACAUGUCAGAGAGAGGAGAGUGAAUACUUAAAAAUGCUUCUUGGCAGAAAGAUUUGUCUAUGUUUCUAGUGCCUUUCUUGUCUUGAUUGUAUGGUCAGUAGGCGAUCUUAAAUGUUUUUAUUUGAAAUAAAAGUAUUCCACAAA